AUGGUAGCUGAAAUAGAUAUGAGCAAUAAAAGAUUGGUAGAUGACGAAAAGAAAUUUGAAGAAGAGAUUGAACAUAAGUUUGCAAAAAAUCCUGCCUUAAAAGUUGAAGCGACUAUUCCUUUACCCUGGGCAUUUACAUCAUUAAACUUUGGAUUUAAUAUUGAAACUUUAAGUGAAAAAAAGCAACAGGCGGCAAAAUCAUGUAAAUAUAAAUUCAUUAAUUCCGUAAAAUGCAGUAUACGCAUCAUGCGCGACGAAAUCGAACCAACAAAAGAAUUUAUAGAGGCUAUUGAAAAUGCCUUGAAUAAGCAAACUGAUGAAGAAAAAUUGAAUGCAAUUGAAGCACUAUGGCAAGAAUUUGGAUGUUUUUGUAAAAUUAACUCAAACAGUGAAACAUAUACUGAAUUUGAUAAAACACAAUUUAGUUCAAGUCUGCAGGGGUCUUCGUUAUCUUACAAAUCCGAGAAAGAUUCAUCGAUAUUUGUGAAUAAAAGUUACAACUACUAUAUGGUUAUUGGUGGUGAUGAUAGUCUCAGGCCGGACAUAAAUGAUAGCAGGAGUCAAGAAAAAUGGUUUGAAACACUAUAUAAUUGCGACAAAUGGAAGCCUAUUAAUUAUUCGGAAGUCAUAUGGAUCUACGAUUUAUUAGAUGAUAAAUUGCGAACGAAAUUACUUAAAUUGUUUGGACAAGAUGUACUUCUUUAUGACGCCUGUGAAGUAGUAUUUAAUAACACUAAUAUGAUGAAGCCUAAGAAAAUCGAGAUUAAAAAAAUUCCUCCCGAUAUGGCUAAUAAUCAAAUAUAUGCGACGGUUUAUAAGACUAAUUGUAUCGAUGAAAAUUUCUCAGUUCAUGUGGUAUAUCAUAAAUUGAAAAUUAUUGCAGGACUUCACUUUUGUCAAAAUAAACAGAAUAUUCUCACAAAACCAUUGGAAAUCCAUUGGAGUAUAAUCACUACCGAACAGGAAUAUAAAGAAAUGUCGUGGAAUAAAACAGGCAAACGUUCAAUCUACAAGGGUCAAGAUUGGAGUAGUUGUGCAAUUGAAGGAGAUAAGCAAAAACUCUUUUUUAGUCUUUUGAGUGAAGACGAUUGUUCACCCUUUUUUGUAAAUGUUAAUCCAAUGUGCCCUACACUGCAUUUAUUUAACAUUGAAUCUGAAAAAAAUAUUAUUUCCAAGAAACUUAAAUUUAAGAAACAAGAUACAGAAAAUUUAGAGAAAAAAAAUCAUAUUGCUUAUUUGAUA